AUGGAGCAUUCGCGACACUAUGGCCGCCGCGGCCUCAAGAUGGGCAACAUCAUCGGUGACCCCUUUGCCCUCGCGACUCUCUCUGUCGGCAUGCUCGCCUGGUUCAUCUGCUUCGUAGCGUGCGUUGUCGCCCAGAUUCAAGGCGGACAAAGCUUUCCUAAAUUCUCCUGGUGGGCCGUCGUAUAUGCCCUCUUCCUCAACAUUGGCGUUUUUGUCGUCGUCGCCUCCGACGCCAUCCAGACCUACCACGUUGCCCUCAGCAGCUACCUUGCCGCCGGCCUCGUUCUCUCCAGCUCCAGCGUCAACAACCUCGUCUACUCCAACAUUGGCGCCCGUCAGGCCGCCGGAGCCGGCUUCAUCCUGCUCUCCAUGCUCAACAUUGUCUGGAUCUUCUACUUUGGCUCUGCGCCAUCCUCCACCCCCCGCGCCUUCCUCGACUCUUUUGCCCUGUCCAAAGAGUCCACCAGCCCCAUGCCUCGGCAGCCCAUGACAGGCUACGGCGCAUCCGGCCGCCCCGAGACGUCCAACUCGGUCCAGCCGCCUCAGAUGUACACCUCGGCCCAGCUCAGCGGCUUUGAGAACUCCACGCCUCUCGGAAACACCAUGACCGGCGCCCGAGCCUCCAACUUUGGCACAAGCAGCCCCCAGCAGGCCCUUCAGCAGCCCGGCCCGACACCCCAGGUCAGCAAGCCCGCCCACGACAUCGAGGUCGUCCCGCCCACAGAGUAUCCCUACAAGGCCAAGGCCAUCUACAGCUACGAGGCCAACCCCGAUGACGCCAACGAAAUCUCCUUUUCCAAGCACGAAAUUCUCGAAGUCUCCGACGUCAGCGGUCGCUGGUGGCAAGCACGCAAAGAAAGCGGCGAGACUGGCAUCGCACCCAGCAACUAUCUCAUUUUAUUAUGA